CUUGUGAUCCCAAAGCCUCUGCAUUCACAACUUAAGCAAACUGGAUCUCAUCACGCCUACCACCUGCCAGCUAUGGAAGGAUACAUAGCACAUAGGCCUAUGCUGCGAGGGGUUUUCCUCAUCUCAGUACUGGUAGGUGGUGUGUUGUUGGCUGCAGCAGGUGAAAGGGCCGUCAUAACAGGGAAUUUAACCCUGAGAUCUCAGAAGACCUGUGAUGGUAAUGGAACGUGGGAGUGGCUCCUGGGUGAGAAAUCUGACCCCAUCAUCACCUGCAAGCGAGGUGAAUGUGAUGUGGGAGCGCGAUAUCUGAAACGAGUCCAGUCACGCAGCAGUGAACUCCACAUCAACCCGGUGAGGUUCGGAGAUGAGGGCUGGUACAUUCACAGCUGCAACAAUGUCGAUAAGGGAAGAUGGAGUGUCUAUGUAUACCUUGAUCCUCACAGAAGCACUAGAGCCAUCACUGCUGGCAGCAACCCCACCAUAAACCUGUGUAGCCUGGACCAGGUGAAGCUCAACUUCACCCAGAGUGGCAGCAGCUCAGCACCAGAGACACUCUUUAUCAUCGACAACGGCCAAGUAUUCAGCGCUCCAAAAGCAACAGGUGGCAAUGACAUCGCCGUGUAUGCUCAGAACGACACAGCUGUGAUCUCCAACAUGUUGCAGGAUGGAACCUUCUCCAUCAUAGACAGCAAGACUAACAAGAUGCUCUGUGAAGUCACCUUCCGAGUCACUGAAUCAAGUAAUCAAGGGGAGCAAGUACUUGUAAAAGCACCACCCGAAAGCUCAUCAAGUCCACCACUACUCAUCAUCAGCUACGUUGUAAAUGGCGCUUUCUUAGCGUUUAUACUCUACGACAAACAUCAGCUCAUCCUGUGGCUACUGAGGAAGAUGUGUGGAAGGAAGGAACCCGACUCACAGCCGACCAACCAGGAAGACACAGAGGUCAAGUUAAACCUUCAUCCUGAAGGCGGCUUAGAAAAUUAUGAGCGAAGGACUGAAGUCAUCUGAUUCACUAGUUAAAAAUGGAAACCUUCAAAGUGCCUAAUAUGAAAACCUCCAAAGUGCCUGCUAUAGGAAGACCUACAAUCUCUACUACACCAUAGCACUCUAAUGUCCAGUAUUGUACAUAAUAAGUAUUUGCUAAACCCAAGAUUAAUUGAAAGAACUUUUAGUGUUAAGAAUUCUUAUAUUAGUAUUUGCACCAUUGGGACGGGUGGGCGAUGCACAGUGUUUCAAGCAGGAGGCAUCACCAGUUGUGUUGUCAUUACCGUUCGUUUCGGCCUCUUACACGCAAUGCAAUAUACCUUCUAAGCUUCUCUUCAGUCAUGGGCAUGUUCUCUCCGUUGUAGCAGUAUUGCCUCAAACAAUCUGCACUUUUUAUAAUCACCUGUGUAUUAUGUUCUGAAAAUUUGAUGAAAAAAAUAUGUAGGCUAGAUGCUGAAUCUUUAUUUCAUUAUUAUUUUGGUAUUAUUGUGUUAAUACUUAAUGUUAUAUGUAUUUAUAGUGUGUUGUUACAUGUUGUUGUUGUUGCUUUUAAAGCACAGCAUUAUGCAAUGUCUGUUUCUUUGUGUCUUUUUUUUGCCUUCUUUGUUGCCAUGAUUGUGUGAAUUAUUCGUUGUAAAAAUAAGACAAUAGGUCAGCACAACUACAUGGCCUACAUGGCCUUAAUUACACUUCUCAACAUUGUCUUUUUAAUCUUAUUUUCAUCUCAUAUUUAUAUCGUAUUUUUUUUUUUUACUAUUUUAAGAGUAGACUUCUUGUUACCACAAUUAAUUGGACUGUACAUUACUAUGUAUUGAAAAAAGUCAAGUUGACUAACACAAUGUCUGAUUAAUCAUGAAAAUAAAUA